ACACUACGCAUAUUUGCAUGACUUUUAAAUGUUUCAUGACUUAUGAGUACAGGAAAAAAAUUGAAGUGGAUUAUGUUUCUUUUGUGGUUUUUUAUUUUGGCCACAACGGCAAGAGGCUCAUUUAAGACUUGUGAUGAUGUAAAAGAAAGUGCAAGAAAUAUUUCUGGUCUAUAUGUAGUCCGUAUUGCUGAUAAAGACGUUCAGGUUUAUUGUAACCUAACAUCAGAACCUGUCAAGACAACCCUUCCUGUUUAUGACAAUAUUUAUCAUAUAUUAGGAUCUGCUGUUCAUGAUGUACAUUCUCAAACCAUAACAUAUCGUAAUCUAUUGACAGAAGAUGUCAAAAAGUUUAUUGACAAAAGUGUUAGUUGUAAACAGUAUGUAGCGUAUACUUGCGUUAAUGCGACUUUAUUUGGAAGACUGGGGAAAUCGUCUUUCAGUUGGACAUCAAUUGAUGAUAGCCCAAAGUAUUACUGGUCUGACUGUAGUUUUGCUGACAAAAACUGCCAUUGCGGUGUGCAUGGUAAUGGAACAUUUAGAGAAAAUUUUGGGUAUUUGACCAACAAGGAUGAUCUGCCAGUAAAAAGUUUUCAUUUUAAUCAUUUAUCUGCUUCUGCAAACGUUAAAAUUCAAGUUGGAAAUAUCACUUGUUAUGGAGAUGUCAAUCGACGUUCCUUCACUUUAACAAACAAAAAUGCAUUUGCUGCUCUCAAAGUUUCAUCAUUGAAGAAUUUCAGUUUCAUUUUUAAGCUUUUUGAUCCUAAAGAAGAAAAUCAAGCUAUUGCUAGUGUUAGAACAAUGGACCAUGGUGAUAUUAAGAUUUUAGUGCACGAAUCCAAACUCUACGUACACACAACUCAAUUGAAUCUGCAUUUAAAAAACAUUGAUACUCAGUGGCAUACUAUCGUAAUGGCGAAUGAUGGACAAUCCGUGAAAAUUGCUAUCGAUCACAGCAAUUUUACUACUGUCGUUGCACAUCCAGUUAUGAUAACAAAGUUGUAUUUGGGCUCUUCUGAGCGAAAGUGCAAUUCGUUUCGUGGCUGUAUUAAAGACAUGUAUCUCGAUGGUAAAGACUACACAGAUGUCAUAAAUCAGACUGAGAUGAAAGAGUUUGUGAAGGAGGGCUGUUCUGAAUCAAUAAAUACACAUUGUUCUCACCCAAAGACGAGAGAAAGCACUUCAACUAUUGCUCCCAAAACUGUCGUCCACACAUUUACUCAUCAAAACAACCGCACAAAUCACACUACUAACUGUGGUGAUCACGUUAAACAUGUAAACAACGAUGAUACAACAGUCAUCGCCAUUAUCGUUGUCUUCCUCGUAUUAAUCGUCGUAUUGAUUAUUGCACUCUUCGUUACGUGGUAUUUGAAACGCCACAAGGGCGUUUAUCAAACACACGAGGGUUCAGGUGAAAACUUAAAUUGGGAUACAGAAAAUUUGACACUUGUUACUAAGUCUGGUAAUGAGACAGAUGGUCAGCAAGGUAAAGAAUAUUAUCUCUGAAAAUUAGUUUAUACAUCAAAUAUACGUUAAUUAGUAAACUACGGUAAUUCAUGGUCUGCUCAAUGAAAAUAAAAUAGCAUUUAGAUAUUACCGCUGAGAUUUAUAAUCCUUUAACUAUUGGCAGAAAUCUUGUCACACUCUACUAUACAAUACUAUGAAUUGCUCUUAUCCUGCGUGUUUUAAGUUUUAAAUAGUUGAAGAAAGUUUUAGACUGUUGAACGUUAUGUGAAGAUUUUUUAUUGGGUUUAGUUAAAAAGGAAAAGCGUCUUUUAGUUGUAAAUAUUUGUUAAUAUACGCGCGCUUGUUUUGUGUUGUAGUUCAUUUCUGCACGCUGCCUUAGACGAGAGAAGCUUUUCUCUUCGAAUAAAAAAACAUAAUUUUUCAAA